GAACAUAAUCAUUCGUUCACCUGCUGCAAAAGCUUUUUUUUCAAAAAUUCAGGUCGAUCUCGAAUCGCGAAAUACGACGUCGUAGGAACAUGUCUUGGCUGGCUCGUUCCAUCGCCAACACUCUCCGCCUCGACGACGAAGAAGUAGAAGAUGUGGUGGAGGAGAAGGAGACCCGAGAUGACGCCAUUCCUCGACCCCGAACUCUACACUGAAGAUCGUCGAUUGACGGAUAGUGAUGGUGGUGCCAGUAACAAUCAUGGCGAGGAUGAAGAUGAAAAUGAUAACAAUCAAGGGCGUGGUGUGAAAGAGGAUUUAUCGGAACUCAAAGAGAGUCUGACGCGUCAAAUUUGGGGCGUUGCUUCGUUUCUCGCUCCUCCUCCGCCGCCUCCGCCUCCGCCCCCGCCGCCGUUGAGUCUGGCAUCAGGUCCGUUUCACUUGCAGCCGAAAUCUGAUGGGGCCGGGCUGGGUAAUGAGGAGGACGAGGAGGACGAGGAAUUGGUGGAGUAUGAGGAGAGAGAUUCUGGUCAAUUUUCGGAGUUAGGAAAUUUCUACCCGUCUGAGGAUUAUUACACUAAGAUUAUAGAGAGUGCAGUUGGAAUCACUGAGGAAGUGUUGGCCUUCGCGAGGAAUAUUGCGCGUCAUCCAGAGACCUGGUUGGAUUUCCCGUUAUCAGACGAAGGGGAAUUUGAUGAUUUUGAUAUAUCCGAUGCCCAGUACAAGCAUGCAAUGGCUGUUGAAUAUCUAGCACCAAGAUUGGCUGCUCUUAGAAUUGAACUUUGCCCAGUCCAUAUGAGUGAGGGUUACUUUUGGAUGGUCUAUUUUGUUCUUCUACAUUCAAGGUUAAAUAAACAUGAUGCUGAUCUGUUGUCUUCGCUGCAGAUUGUGCAAGCAAGAGCUAUGUGGAUGCAAGAGUUACAAAAGCGAACUAAGGAGGAGUCAUACUGGUUGGGAGUCAGUGAUUUUCAUUUGAAAGAAAGUACAGAUUCAACGCAUGAGAAUUUUAUUGCGCACUCUUAUGAAGAUGCUUAUUUUGGAAACGCAUCGGGCCAAAUAUCUCCUUACGAAUCUUCAAUGAACCAUACGACAGCAGAUCAUGAGAUCGAGAAGCACCCAUUUAAUGACAUCGAGUUCAUUGACAAGUCUGUCAUCAAAGAAGACCCAGCACCCAAACUCCUGGAGAAGGAGAUAGUUGUGGGUUCAUCCAUCGAAACACCAGUGCAUGAUGAUAACAAUAAUGAUGACGAUGACGACAAUGAUGAUGAUGACUGGCUAAAGGAUGAUCCAGAUCUAAUUGGCUAUUCAGGCACCUCAAUUGUGGUAAAUGAAGAAGAUAUAUCGUUUAGUGAUCUGGAGGAGGAUUUAGAUUGCUCUAUGCCCAUUAAGGUAGCCUCAACCGAAGGGAAUAGAACUAAAACUUCAUGAAUUUGUUCUUGGGAAAUUCCUACUGUUUUUGCCAAGAAAAAACAUCUCUGGGCAAGGUGAUCGAAGCCAGAAAAUGGAGUAUGUUCCAGCCCUUCCUAACACUUGCAGAAAUGACUCAUGAAUUAUGUUUGCAAAGUCGAAACCAUCGCAACAUUGUGUGCUUGGUCCAAGUGUUACAUCAUGAUCUGGAAGUUACUGGCAAGCCCCAAUCCUAGAGGGCUGAAGUAUACUGCACAUAACAGUGUCAAAGUUGAAGAAUUUUGAUGAUUCGUAUUUCUGAUUUUCUGUCGGACCAGAGCCACCGAGAAGGUACUAUAUGUUCCUUAUUUCUUUGUUCCUUUGAACUAUAGAAUAGCUUCAGGCAAUAACUUGGCUUGGUGACGAAUUGUCUCUCUAUCCCUUGUACUUUGUUCAUUUCUGAUGCCAUGAUGUCACAGCUCGACCAUGACUUGAGAAGAAAGAACUGAAAUGCAAGUUAUGGUUGAUUACAUGUACAUAUUACUAGAAAAUAUGAAGCAACGGUUGCUGCAUGAAAUUCCUCCCUUCGUAACUCUGGUCUCUGGGUUAUGGAGAAGUCUUAUGCUUAUCAUGGAAGCAUAUCGAACAUGUAAUUCCUUGCCUCUGAUAAUCUUAUACUAACAUUGUGAAGUUCACUGUCUGAUUUGUAUGACGAAUUGGAAUAGUCAACACUCCCACCUCUUGUAUUUGAAUGAGCUAAGAGUUGAUGAAGCACAUUGCUGUGGUUUAUAGGAACCAGCCACGUUUCAUGAUUUCUUGCUUUUAUUAUGAUAGAAAAGGAGUAAUACCUACUGGAAAUUUCUCAUA